GAAAAUAGCCCGUUUCGACGGCCCAGAUGGUUCCGUAUAUAGAAUCAUCAUAGUUCCUCUAGGGUUUUCCAAACCCUGGAGACAAGCUUCUUGCAUAUCUGCUGCUACUGCAAAGAAGAAGCGUGCAACUCGCAACUCGUCUUCGGUUAGCAACCAUGAUUAUUCCAGAGAAGAACAGAAGGGAAAUCUCUAAGUACCUAUUUCAAGAGGGAGUUUGCUAUGCAAAGAAGGAUUUCAACCUAGCAAAGCACCCACAUAUCGAUGUCCCAAAUCUUCAGGUGAUUAAGCUAAUGCAGAGCUUCAAAUCCAAGGAGUAUGUUCGUGAGACAUUCGCAUGGAUGCAUUACUACUGGUACCUCACAAAUGAUGGGAUUGAGUUUUUGAGGACUUACCUCAAUCUACCAUCUGAAAUUGUUCCUGCCACUUUGAAGAAGUCUGCAAGGCCUGCUGGUCGACCAAUGGGUGGCCCACCUGGUGAUCGCCCAAGAGGUCCACCUCGUUUUGAUGGAGACCGCCCAAGAUUUGGUGACCGUGAUGGUUACCGUGGAGGACCUCGUGGAGGCGGGGGUGACUUUGGUGGUGAAAAGGGAGGCGCCCCAGCUGACUUUCAGCCCUCAUUCAGGGGCUCUGGUAGCAGGCCUGGUUUUGGUCGUGGAGGUGGAGGUUAUGGUGCAGCAGCUCAAACUAGUUCUUCAAGCUUUGCUUGAAGAUCUUACUAAGUUUAUUGUAUUAAUGUUUUCAUUAUAUAUUAGUUCAAACUUACGAGAUUUUAUGUCAUCCCUACUCUAGAAUUUUGUAAGCCUCCAUUCCAGUACUAAGCUUGAUCUCUUUUUUUGGACAUAUACUAAGCUUGAUUGAGAAUGAGAUUUAUAAAGAACUUCCUCUUAGGCUUUUACAGUUA